UCAGCGUCGUCAACGAGAGAGAUACUCUCUCACUCAUAAAGGUGUGCCUUCGGCCCCUUCAUUUAGGCCAUUUUGUUACUACUUUGUCUGCGUGGCUGCCCUUGCCUGCUUCACACAGCUAAAGUAAAGAAACUAACGUAAACCAGAGAUUAGAGGGCCUCUACUUAAGUAGUCACUUUACGGCCUGUGGGUGCGGGCUGUGAAUCAACGUACUUAACCGAUUAAUGGUCCAUCAGCAGUUUAUAUUUUCAACCAUUUCCAGCAUUUACACUGGCAUCCAGGAGGUAAAAACAGCUGGCAACUCCCUGCUGGUUGACAACUUUCUUAAAACAUCCUACAAGUCUCGUUUUAAGGAUUCCAAAUGGGCGAAGUUAUAGAAGUUGUUAAAGUAGAAACCAAUUACCUUCAGCAAGAUGACGUCAAUGCCACUGAUGAAAUCUUUGUCAAAGAGAAUGAUCGUGAAAGUUUUAUUAUACCCGAUAUAAUUAACUCGGACGAAGUACUCGCCCAAAAUGGACAGAUCAUACAAAUUAUUGAAGAGUAUGAGUGUGUUACUUGCCACAGAGUUUUUCCAAGUGACGAGUUAUUGAAAGAACACUUGGAAGUAUGUAGAGAAGAAGAUGAUGAUGUUGAUUUGUUAGAAUUAGGUAGGAUGGGAGAUGAUGAUUCUGAAAACGAAGAUGACGACAAUAUUGAUCCAAAUUAUAAUACAGAUUCAAAUCCUUCAGAUUCUCAAACUUUCAAAAAUAAGGAAAAAAAAGUAACAAUAAAACCUGUACAAGAAGGCGAAUGCCAUUGUUGUGCCGAAGAUGUGAAAACAGCUCAUUCGGGAGGUCCUUUUAAAUGCUCAAGUUGUGAUAUGUCAUUUAAAAAAUCAUCUUCUUUGGAAAGGCAUACUAUAGUUAUUCAUUGGGAGCCUGACACAUAUACAUGCAAAGACUGCAAUUCAACUUUUUCGAGCAAAAAAACUCUGGAUAAACAUCGUUAUACAACACAUAUAAAGACUAGCAAAGUAUAUAAGUGUGAUAAAUGUGAUACUUAUUUUUCAAGAAGUUAUCACUUGAACCGUCACAAGCAGCAAUCUGGCUGUCAUGGGGACACCGGUAACAGUUUUUGUUGUCAGGUUUGUAAUAAAAUAUUCACGCGCAAAGAUAAUUUGAGAGAACAUUUAAGGACCCAUGCAGGGAUGCCUCAGAGGAAAAAAAAAUCUUGCACUACGUGUUCAAAACAAUUCUAUACAAAUCAGCAGCUGAUUGUUCAUGAACGUAUGCACACAGGAGAAAGACCAGUGCAGUGUGAUUUGUGUCCAAAAUCUUUUUUAUCUUCCCUAGCCAUGAAAAAACACAGAAGAACUCAUACUGGAGAAAAACCUUUUGAAUGCAAAUUUUGCCAAAAAAAGUUUGCUGCAAGAGAAACACUAAAUCGUCAUCAAAGAACUCACACUGGAGAAAAACCACAUGUUUGUCAAUACUGCAAUAAAUCCUUCAUCCAAGCAGCUCAGCUGAGAGCUCAUGUUUUCCAUCACACGGGUGAAAAUGGAUUUUAUUGCGACAUUUGUGGAAAAGCAUUUAAUCGAAAAGGGCGGUUAACCAAUCAUAAAAAAUUCGUUCACGAAGGUGCUACACCAUUUAAAUGCGAUGUUUGUGAUAAGGCUUUUAUGCGUAAAGAAGAUUUAUCCAAGCACUCUAAUUUACAUGCUGGAAUAAAACCUCACAAGUGCGGAACUUGUGGCAAAUGUUUUGCUGCUAAAUCGUCUUUGCAAGCCCAUAUGAAUACCCACAGACGUGAGCCUCCGCAAUCUUGCGCUGAAUGUGGACGGGCGUUUAUUCGACAGGAUUGUUUGAUGAGACAUAUACGAGCUAAACAUAGGGAUUUGUUAGAGGAUGUAUUAGGCGAAGCAGAAAAGAAACAUUUACAGUUACAAAUGUUCAACAUUGCUUACAAUGCUGCUGAGAAAGCCAAAUCUGGAGAAACAAAUCUCAUGUCAACAGAUGAAUUAUUAAAAGCUAUUACGGAAUUAUUGACUAUUCUUAUAGAAAAAGAAACAUUAGAGCUAUUUGGUUGGCUACAGUCACCUUUACAAGAUGUUUUAGAAGCUGUCAUUCGAAGAUGUGGUGACGAGCCACUUACAGCUGACAGUGAUUUGUCGCUACCAGAAAGAUUACGAGGGAAUGUUAGAAUUUUAUUCAAUGCUGUUCUAGAAGAUGAAAAUGUUAAAUCAUUAUUGACAACUCAAACUGUUGAUGAAGUUAUUGCACAUGUUCUUAACGUAUCUAAAAAUAACAAACCAGAAGAAAUCAAGUUUAAAGAAAACGACGAAUGAUAUGGAAAAACAUAAAUAAAUUCACAAAACGAUUGGUUGAAAUAUUAUAAACAAACAGCUUUAGUAUGUUAUAAAUGUUGGAGGCUAACCAUUUGCAAUCAAUGCUUGUUCCCUACUUUUUGAUUGAUAUUCCAACUUGUUAAAGAUUCACGUACAUCAAGCGUUGGUUGUCAAUUCAGUUAGUAAAUUACAAAAAUUUAUUUUAAUAACAUUUUACAGUGCCUUUUUAAUAAAGUGAUAAUUAUGUUUUCAACUUUAUUCUAAAACUAUAGAAUAUAAUAAGUACACUUUAAAACGGAAAUACUGCAUAUAUUUUGAAUAUGCUAGUUUUGCUCUACAUAAAUGAAUUUUAAUAAACUAGAAAAUCAUACAAAUAUAAUUCUGUUGAAAUAAAUGUAAGU